AUACACCUACGCGAUGGAGUUUUUGCAUCUCAAUGUUAAGACGAUAACGGACAAAAUUUCACGUUUGUCUUAUGAUUCAGAAACCUGGACAGCCAUAACUACUUUCAGGCAUUUUUUUUGCACAGACUCACUGUCACUGCGCCGUCCUCGACAGGAAACAAGUUGUGCUUUAGACGAUUCUCUCUCAUUAAGGGCACCAGAAAAGUGAAAAUAUGCUAGACCUAUGUAUUAGUUUUUCGAAAACGAAGACUAAAAAUUAUGAGAUAAACAUACCAACAAGACGAAGGACAGCGUCAAGGUGUUCCUCCUCUAAAAGUAUGAUGAUUUCGGUUGCGUAUCAGUGUGACCUAGCCGACUGGCCUUUCACGCACUUGACGAGCGUGGAACUGUUGAGAAAUCUUUACGUGAUGGCAAGCGUGGAGCAGAGAGAGGGGCUGCCAGUCGCGAAUGCGACCUACCGCGACGCGCUUGUUCUCCACGGACAGAGCUCCCUGAAGCACGAUCUUGCACCCAACGGGCGACACGGGAGAGAUGGCGAU